AUGUCGUCUGCGACAGAAUCAUCCGCCUCUCCUCAUGAGGAGAUAGUGUUUGAUUAUCUACCAUAUAUUGAUCAGGAACCGUCCAACGAUGUUCUAGCAGUGGUGGACGACCUGAUUCAGGAAGAACUAAUGAACUUCAACUUGCAUCAGUUGCAUCCGAUGUUGCGCAAUGAUUCUUCGGAUCUGGACAACGAGUCCCGGAGUUUGCCAGUUACCAACGAGGGCAUUGGAGGGAUCAGUCUUUCAAGCUACAGCAACCUACUGAACGAGUACAACGAGCCAGACAUCGACAAGAUGAAGACGGCGCUUUCAUAUACUCAGCUACGGUACAGGACUCUCCUCCUCAAUAGCCAGGAGAGCGCACAGGAGAUCAACAAAAACAAGUGGAUGACGCAUUUGGAUAAUUUGAAGCAGCACCAAGAAGUGCUAGAGCGCGCUAUUGAACGAAAGAGACGACACAAGGACGAAAUUAACGAGGAACGGAAACGGCAAUGCACAGACUUUGAGCCUAUGAACGAAUACCUGGGAACAAGAUGGACUGAGAAAAUGGAAGAGCUGAUCGACAUUGGUGUUGAGGCUGCUCUUCAGGAACUGGAGAACUAA